AUGAAUAAUGUUUCAGCUGUGAAGCACACAACGUUUUUCUUGUCUAUAGGAAUAAAGGACCAAGUGCGCCUCCCUGAACUCCCUGUAGCAGACGUGGCUGAGUAUUUCACUGAAGGGGAAAGUGAUCUCCAGGACGCAGGUCAAAGAGCUCUAUCCAAGGAAGUCAAGCUGGAGGAGUCUGGGACUGUGGCCUAUCUGGGGAAAAGGUCAGCUGGUGGGAAGGACCUUCUUGGUCCCAGUGCCUCCCAAGAGAUGAGUCCGGGUGUGCGGAUAGAGCAACAGUGCAUGGAAUGUGGGAAGAGCUUCAGUCGUAGUGGAACUCUUACUGUACAUCACCGAACACACACUGGAGUGAAACCAUAUAAAUGCAUGGAGUGUGGGAAGAGCUUCAGUCGUAGUGGAACACUUACUGUACAUCAACAAACACACACAGGAGAGAAACCACGUAAGUGCAUGGAGUGUGGAAAGAGCUUCAGUUGUAGUGGAACACUUACUGUACAUCAACGAACACACACAGGAGAGAAACCAUAUAAAUGCAUGGAGUGCAGAAAGAGCUUCAGUUGUAGUGGAACACUUCAUAGACAUCAUAAAACACACACAGGAGAGAAACCAUGGAAGUGCAUGGAGUGCGGAAAGAGCUUCAGUGAUAGUGGAACUCUUACUGUACAUCAACGAACACACACAGGAGUGAAACCAUAUAAGUGCAUUGAGUGUGGAAAGAACUUCAGUGAUAGUGGAACUCUUACUGUACAUCAACGAACACACACAGGAGUGAAACCAUAUAAAUGCAUGGAGUGUGGAAAGAGCUUCAGUCGUAGUGGAACACUUACUGUACAUCAACGAACACACACUGGAGUGAAACCAUAUAAAUGCAUGGAGUGUGGAAAGAGCUUCAGUUGUAGUGGAACACUUCAUAAACAUCAUAAAACACACACAGGGGAGAAACCAUAUAAAUGCAUGGAGUGUGGAAAGAGCUUCAGUCAAAGUGCAGCACUAACUGUACAUCAACGAACACACACACGAGAGAAACCAUAUAAGUGCAUGGAGUGUGGAAAGAGCUUCAGGGAUAGGGGAACUCUUACUGUACAUCAACGAACACACACAGGAGUGAAACCUUAUAAAUGCAUGGAGUGUGGAAAGAGCUUCAGUUGUAGUGGAAAACUUAAUCAACAUCAUAAAACACACACAGGGGAGAAACCAUAUAAAUGCAUGGAGUGCGGAAAGAGCUUCAGUCGUAGUGGAACACUUACUGUACAUCAACGAACACACACAGGAGAGAAACCAUGUAAGUGCAUGGAGUGUGGAAAGAGCUUCACUAGGAGAUCACAUCUUGCUGAACAUCAACAAACUCACACAGGGAAGAAACCAUACAAAUGCAUGGAGUGUGGAAAUAGCUUCAGUUGUAGUAGAACACUUACUGUACAUCAACGAACACACACAGGAAUUAAACCAUAUAAGUGCAUGGAGUGUGGAAAGAGCUUCAGUGAUAGUGGAACUCUUACUGCACAUCACCAAACACACACAGGGGUAAAGCCAUAUAAUUGUAAGGAGUGUGGAAAGAGCUUCAGUCAUAGUGGAACUCUUACUGUACAUCACCGAACACACACAGGGGUAAAACCAUAUAAAUGUAUGGAGUGUGGAAAGAGCUUCAGUCAUAGUGGAACUCUUACUGUACAUCACCGAACACACACAGGCGUAAAACCAUAUAAGUGUAAGGAGUGUGGAAAGAGCUUCAGUCAUAGUGGAACUCUUACUGUACAUCACCGAACACACAUAGAGGUAAAACCAUAUAAGUGCAUGGAGUGUGGAAAGAGCUUCAGUAAAAGUGGAGCACUUACUGUACAUCAACGAACACACAGAGGCAACAAACCAUAUAAAUGCCUAUAUUGUGGCAAGUGGCUGAGUAUUUCACUGAAGGGGAAAGUGAUCUCCAGGACGCAGGUCAAAGAGCUCUAUCCAAAGAAGUCAAGCUGGAGGAGUCUGGGACUGUGGCCUAUCUGGCUGGAGUCCUUUGAGGAGGGGAAGAUGGAUCUCCAGGAUCCAGGCCAAAGAGCUCUGACCCAGGAAGUCAUGCUGGAGGAAUCUGGAGCUGCGGCAUCUCUGGGUGAUGGGCAGCACAGUGAGACAUAUCAAGAGCAAUCUGUGCUGUCUUUGAAUACUACCCAGCAUGAAGCAGGAAAAGGAAUAUUUCAGGGAAAACGGGGGCCAAAAUAUCACAGGCAAAACCUGACAAUGAAGAAGGAAUCUGUUUUUCAGGAUACUGACAUUAUUGAACUGCAGAUGUCACAAGAAGAUCAGAAAGAAAAAGAAAGUUACAUUUGUGCUGCAUGGUUGAAACCAUAUAAUUACAUGGCAUGUAGGAAGAGCUUCAGUAAAAGUGGAGCACUUGGUGUUCAUCAAGAAACACACCCAGAGAAGAAACCGUAUAAAUGCAUGGAGUGUGGAAAGUGUUUCAUUUUAGAAUUGAUCACUUACUCAACAUCAACGAAUGCACACUGCAAGGAAGCCGUGGCUGUGGCUGCUAAUCCGGUCAAGGCUCUCUGUGAUGAAGUGACUUGUCCCAUCUGCCUAGAGUAUUACAUGGAUCCCGUGAUCAUUCUGGACUGUGGGCACAAUUUCUGCCAAGCCUAUCUGAGUCAGUACUGGGAGGAGUCACACACAGAGGCCUCCUGCGCCUGCCCUCAGUGUAGAAAACCCUUCCAGUAG